GCGCACGCAUGGCCGCCGCCCGCCCAGCGAUUGGCACGCCGCGCUCUGAAUACGACAGCUCGGGGGGAGCUCCGCUGCGUGCUCACCGCGCGCGCCAGUACCCCUUCGACCAGCGAUGCUGUGCUGUCUCCGGAAAUAGAUGUAGUUUGUGUUUCGCGUACACAGAUCGACCGAUCGGGUGCGGGAGUGAGUGCAAAUGACUGGUAGCCCGGCGUAGCGGGCCGGACCUUACAAAAUGUGGACCGAGAGAUCGCAGUGGUGGAGGUUUACGUGGUGCGUGUUGUUGGCCGUGUCGGCGCUCGCGCUCGCCGCGAGAGCCGAUGACGACAUUCCUUCCGAGUCACAAUGCCGUCCAUAUAUCGAAAAAGCACUUAAAGAACUCGAAUCGGGAGACACAGAACCAGAAUCUACAGAAAAAAACGAAUCAAGUGAAGUUAGUGUAGAUGACGAUACGAAAGAAGAAACUUCAGCAGAAGGAGGCGAAACGGCAGAGGGCGACAGUGGUGAGGACGCAGAUAGCAAAGAAGAUGCGCCAUCAGUAGAAGUUGCAGAUGAACCGUAUGUGUCUCAAGUAUCCUAUGAAGACGAAGGAACCCCUGCCGAUACCGACUCAAAAGAAGAUGAGACAACAGAAGAGACUGAUAGUGCCGAAAAAGAAGCAGACGAUAGCAAAGAAACUCAUGGAGAUAGCAAAGAAAUUGAUGGAGACAGCAAGGAAAUUGACGGAGACAGCAAAGAAGACGCAUCUGCUGACGAACAAGAAACCGAAAAAGAAAGUGGCGAGGUAGCUGACGAGGCUGAGAGCAAGGAAGAUUCCGAAGAUAGCAAAGAAGAUGGUAAAGACAGUAAAGAAGAUGUUGAUGACAGUAAAGAGGAUGAUCAGACUAAAGAGGAUUCAAAAGAAGAUGAAGCUGAGAGCAAAGAGCAAGAAGCAGAAUCCGAAGAACAAGAGGCUGAUGAUACUGCAGAAUCUGAAGCAGUAGCGGAUGAAGACAAAUCUGAGGAAUCUACUGAUGCAUCUGAAGAAGCUGAUGAAGCCAAGGCUGAAGGUGAAAGUGAUGAAGACACUAAAACAGAAGGUGACGAUGGAUCUCAAGAAAAGGCUGAAUCUGAUGAAGUAGAGGGACCUAAAGAAGACACGAGUGAUUCCCAAGAAGAAAAAGACAAAGAGGAGUCUGAGGAAGAAACUGUAAAGGAGGAGGCAGAGGAGAAAUCUGAAGAAGAACAAGAGUCAGCAGAGAAAGAUGAAUCUGUUGAAGGUGAUACUGCAGAAGAUAAAUCAGAAGAAAAAGAAGAUGACACUAAAGAAACUAGCGCAGAGGAUGAGGUAAAGGAAGAAAGCGAAGAAAAAGAAGUAAGUGAAGAGGAUUCUGAAAAAUCUGAAGAAGCUGGUUCUGAAGAGGGCGAAGAAAGUGAAGAAGGUGCACCAGAAGAAGAUUUACUUUUAACAGGUGAGAUUCCUGACAACCUGAGGUCCCGUGACCACAUUAUUCAAAUCUUAAGAUUAGAUGAAGACGCAAGCGAGGCAGAGUUAAUUAUUGAAAAAUCAGCCGAUAUUGUGCUAAGAGACUUGAAAAGACUUUAUGAGACUUCUAUAAAGCCACUGGAAACUCUUUAUAAGUACAGAGACCUGAGUAAUAGACAUUUUGGUGACCCUGAAAUAUUUUCGAAACCCUUAGUGCUAUUUAUGGGACCAUGGAGUGGUGGAAAAUCUUCAAUAUUGAACUAUUUGACUGGAAUAGAGUUUACAGAAUGGUCCUUAAGAACAGGUGCUGAACCAUCUCCAGCUUACUUCAAUAUUUUAAUGUACGGAAAAGAGCCCCAGGUGCUAGAUGGCACUCAAUUGGCAGCUGAUUGGACCUUCUCCGGGUUACAGAAAUUUGGACAAGGUUUAGAAGAACGUCUAAGGGGUCUUAGGUAUCCCAGUAAAUUACUAGAAAAGGUAAACAUUGUUGAAAUCCCUGGAAUACUAGAGGUCAGAAAACAAGUAUCGCGAGUGUUUCCAUUCAACGACGCGUGCCAAUGGUUCAUAGAUCGCGCUGACAUCAUUUUCCUCGUGUACGAUCCAUCCAAACUUGAUGUUGGACCUGAAACAGAGGCUAUCCUCGAUCAGCUAAAAGGCCGAGAAUCUCAAACGCGCAUCGUGCUGAACAAAGCGGAUUCAGUGAAGCCAGAAGAGCUGAUGCGAGUGCAGAGCGCACUGAUCUGGAACAUAUCUCCGCUGAUGAGCUCCCCACAGCCGCCUGUGAUGUACACAGUAUCGCUGUGGUCGCUGCCCUACGAGCCGGGCGCGCCGGUGCGCCUCCUGCAGGCCCAGGAGAGGGAACUGCUGAGAGACCUACGGCAGGCGGUCGAUCGGCGUAUCGAGAACAAGAUAGCCAGCGCCAGGAGAUUUGCGGUCCGCGUAAGGAACCAUGCGAAGAUGGUUGAUUGCUAUCUAACGACGUACUACAACCACAAAACCAUCUUCGGCAAUAGAAAGGUUAUUGCCGACGCCAUCAUUGAGAACCCUCAGAAUUACCACAUUUACGAGGGUCUCAGCACCCUUACCAACAUUUCCAGGUACGAUCUUCCUGAUCCCGAGACGUAUCGGGACUUCUUCCGGCUGAACUCUCUGUACGAGUUCCAACAGCUGUCGGCCACGUGCACCUACUUCCGCGGCUGCCCCAUCAAUCGGCUCGACGUGGCCAUCGCUUACGACCUGCCAGAGCUGGUCGGGAAGUACAAGAAGAUGGUAGAAACUGCCACCCCCCAGGGAAUGCCCAAGAGUUGAGACAGCCCCUUGCCACGAAAAAAAAAAUAACACCCGCUUUUUAUUUUAGCGUAUUGGAUUAGACGAAUUUUUUGGGCACAUAAUGCAUUUCUUUUUCUAAUUGGGCGUCGAAACACUGUUAAAGUAAACCCGCAUUUUCUAUUCAUUCGUUUAAUCGUAUAGUAUGUAGAUUUUUUAUUUUGCUUGAAAACUCGCUUGUUCCUUUUUUUUUUUCACGUGAAUGUUAUCGUGUCUGAGGGUAGCUAUACCUGUUUGAAGACUUUUUUUUUCAUUUAGCAAACAUAGACAAUGCAACACUUCCAUUUUUUUCUAAUUAACCAUUUUUAUACGACUUGAAAAAAAAAUAUUAAUCAAUCUAGUCAUUACGUUUAAAGUUUUGUUAGUGAAACGUUGUUACUAUUAUUUAUUUAUUUAUUUAUUGAGGUGCGUUCCUGGAGUUCUAGGAUCUAAGUAAUUAAUUUUAUGCGGUCUCAGUCCUGAUUAAUUCUACAUUAGAAUGAGACACUAUGUGAAAACAUAAAUAUAAAUUAAAUAAAAUGUUA